UGUGGAUCUCUGUGGUUGCCAUACUUUGGCCUCUGGCGGGAGAGAUCGUGGAGCCUGUUCGGUUUAGCGGCGACAAUCAGGGCCGACACUCAGGCGGGCACGGGGCUGGGUGGCCCCGGGUUCGUGCAGGCUCGGCGGAGGUUCGAGUGGGGACCCUCGAGUGCGGCCCCCGGGCCCGCGAUACUGGAGCUUAAGGGGCGGAGCAGUAGCGGCGGCGAAGGGGCGGCGGGACUUGGGACCCGCCUGUCUGCCACCUGGGUGGGCCGGCCGAAUCUCCGCGGGACCGUGAGUGCCAGGGGAGGCAUUCGUGGAGCCCAGGAGGGACGUUCCGCGUGACUCCGUCCCAUAGGCCCAGAUCCGGCCCCUCGGGAAUAGAACGGCGUUGGUGAGGCGGGAAGGAGGAGACCUCGGGAGCAGAAUUGCCCCGCGAAAACAGCCCCCCGUCCAGACCUUUCAGGAGCCUAGGGCAGAGGCUGCGGAGCCGCAGGAGGGAUCUGCCUCUGCUUUCACAGUCCUCCUAAUUUUCCCAAGAGCAGCAGAAAAUGAAUAAAUCCCUGGGGCCAGUGUCAUUCAAGGAUGUGGCUGUGGACUUCACCCAGGAGGAGUGGCAUCAGCUGGACCCUGAGCAGAAGAUAAUAUACAGGGAUGUGAUGUUGGAGAACUACAGCAAUCUAGUUUCUGUGGGGUAUCACAUUAUCAAACCGGACGUUAUCUUGAAGUUGGAACAAGGAGAAGAGCCAUGGAUAGUAGAAGGAGAAUUCCUACUUCAGAGCUAUCCAGGUGAAGCCUGGCGAACUGAUGACUCAAUAGAGAAAGCCCAGGAAGAUGAAGAUAAACAUUCAAGGCAAGCUGAGUUCAUCAGUGAAACCCUGAUUGAUGAGAGAGGUAAUGUUCCUGGUAAAAUUUUUAAUGUAGAAAUGAACUCUAUUCCUUCAAGAAAAAUAGCCUAUAAAAAUAGCCUAUGUGAUUCUUGUGAAAAGAGUUUAACAUCUAUUUCAGAAUACAUUAGUAGUGAUGGAAGCUAUGCAAGAAUGAAAACUGAUGAAUGUAGCGGAUGUGGGAAGUCACUUCUCCAUAUUAAGCUGGAGAAAACUCAUGCAGGAGAAAAAUCCUAUGAGUUUAAUCAAAAUGGAGAACCAUAUACUCUAAAUGAAGAAAGUAUUUAUCAGAAAAUUCAUAUUCUGGAGAAACCGUUUGAAUAUAUUGAAUGCCAGAAAGCCUUCCAAGAGGACCCAGUUUUUGUUAAUCACAUGGAAGAGAAGCCCUAUAAGUGGAAUGAAUCUGAAAUUGCCUUUCUCCAAAUGUCAAACCUCAGUGUACAUCAGAGAUCUCAUAUGGAAAUGAAGCCCUAUGAAUGCACUCAAUGUGGGAAAUCCUUCUGCAAAAAGUCAAAAUUUAUUAUACAUCAGAGGACUCACACAGGAGAGAAACCUUAUGAAUGUAAUCAAUGUGGGAAAUCUUUUUGCCAGAAGGGAACCCUCACUGUACAUCAGAGAACACACACAGGGGAGAAGCCCUAUGAAUGUAAUGAAUGUGGAAAAAACUUUUAUCAGAAGUUACACCUCAUUCAACAUCAGAGAACUCACUCAGGAGAGAAGCCCUAUGAAUGUAGCUAUUGUGGAAAAUCCUUUUGCCAGAAGACACACCUCACACAACAUCAGAGAACACAUUCAGGAGAGAGACCCUAUGUUUGUCAUGACUGUGGGAAGACCUUCUCCCAGAAGUCAGCACUUAAUGAUCAUCAGAAAAUUCACACUGGUGUGAAACUCUAUAAGUGUAGUGAAUGUGGGAAAUGCUUCUGCCGCAAGUCUACUCUCACUACCCACCUGAGGACACACACAGGAGAGAAACCCUAUGAAUGUAAUGAAUGUGGUAAAUUCUUCUCUAGGUUAUCAUAUCUCACUGUACAUUAUAGAACUCAUUCAGGAGAGAAACCCUAUGAAUGUAAUGAAUGUGGGAAAACCUUCUACCUGAAUUCAGCCCUCAUGAGACAUCAGAGAGUACACACAGGAGAGAAACCUUAUGAAUGUAAUGAAUGUGGAAAAUUAUUCUCCCAGUUGUCAUACCUCACUAUACAUCAUAGAACUCAUUCAGGAGUAAAACCCUAUGAAUGUAGUGAAUGUGGAAAAACCUUCUACCAGAACUCAGCCCUUUGCAGACAUCGGAGAAUACAUAAAGGAGAGAAGCCUUAUGAAUGUUACAUAUGUGGAAAAUUCUUCUCUCAGAUGUCCUACCUCACUAUACAUCAUAGAAUUCAUUCAGGAGAGAAACCCUAUGAAUGUAGUGAAUGUGGGAAAACUUUUUGCCAGAAUUCAGCCCUUAAUAGACAUCAGAGAACACACACAGGAGAGAAAGCCUAUGAAUGUUAUGAAUGUGGUAAAUGCUUCUCUCAAAUGUCUUAUCUCACUAUACAUCAUCGAAUUCAUUCAGGAGAGAAACCCUUUGAAUGUAACGAAUGUGGAAAAGCCUUUUCUCGGAUGUCAUAUCUCACUGUACACUAUAGAACUCAUUCAGGAGAGAAACCCUAUGAAUGUACUGAAUGUGGGAAAAAAUUCUACCACAAAUCAGCAUUCAACAGCCAUCAGAGAAUUCACAGAAGAGGGAAUGUGAAUAUAAUAGAUGUGGGAAGGCUUCUCUGAAGUCAGACCUCAUUUUAUGUCAGAGAACCCUUUCAAUCUAAUGAAUUAUGAAACUCCUAUCUGAAGUCAGACACAUUGUACAUGAAAGAGCUCACACAAGUGAAUGUGGAUAGGCCUGUGUGUGUUAGUCAUAUAAUCUGAAAACUCACAGAGUGGAAGCCACAGUUGUUAUGAGACCACAUGACUCAUUAGAUACCAGACAAUACCAGAGUAAAAAUUUAUAAAUAUUUAGAAUGUAUAUACAUUUCACCAUGGAUUAAAACUUUACAUAUCAGGGAAUCUAUUAGUUUAAAGAAUAUGGAAAACAUAAUUCUUCAGAAAUUGUUAACACUAAAAGGUAUGUGUCUGAGACCAUAGCAGACUACUGUUAAAAAAGACUCCCAGAACAUUAAAAUAUUUGCUGUGAAUAAACUUAUUCGUGGUGUAAACAGAAGCUGUUAAAUCAUCAGGAUAGCUAAUCAAGUCAGUAACAUUAAACUCAUAUAUAAACGGUUUUGAAAGAACAUAAUUUUUUAUGAACAUAAGAACAUUAUAUUUUUAGGAGGUGUUUUUGGUUUGUUUUUAGUAUGUUACAUUACAGAAAUUGUAUAAUCAGUUUGAAUCUGUUUCAAAAAGCAUUACAUCCCCAUUUGAGUAAUUUGCAGUACAUAUGAUAAGAUUGUUUCUUCUAAAUAGCAGCAUCAUGUUAAUAUCCUAAUAUGCAUUGUCAUUGAAAUAAUAUUUGCUAGGUAUUUUUCUUGCACUCUUCCCUAGCAUUUAUAAGUGCAUUUGAUCAUUGUUAAUUAUCAUCCAUAAAGAACCAAUAAACUGUUUCAUAUGUGUCUGAGUCAGCAAAAAAGAUAGACUAUCUUUUUUACCUAUAUAUAAAAUAGAUAACCUUGCUGAGGUAAUUUUAUGUUGUUAAUGCCAAAAGUCUAUAGGAGUGAGAAACCACUAGUUCUCAUUCACUCUAUACACUUUUAAAAUGUACUUACAAUAUUCCCAUUUUAAUCUGUUGUUCUUUGUCUACUGUUUUUCAUAUGGAUGCUUCCAUAAUAAGUGUGCAGAACACAAAUGCCGUGUAACAUAGGAUUUAAUUUUGAUAGUGUUUUUAAGCCUUGUGCUCUGCUCUUUCCCAUUGUUGAAUGAGUUAAGAACACAUUAAUAAGGGUUUGUGGCCGAUAUUGCUGAGUGACUCCAAUCACUCAGAGGGAGAAAUGGAUCCUCAUUAAUUUCAGUCAGUAACAAUACCUUUCUCUUUGCCAGCAGUUGAUUUGAAAUGGUCAUAGGAUCCAAUUUUAAAUAUAAACAAAGGAGAUGUAUGACAGGUUAUUUCUGGAAAAGGUUUCCUCACAGGUUCAAGGAAUCAAGCAAAGUGAAGUGGAAUCUUGGUGAACAGUACUUUUGUUUGGAUGUGGUGCCUAUUAACUGUCUUUCACAAUGGAUCAUAGUUUAAUCGAGGCCUGAGCAGAAAGACUGAAAGAUCUUGGGACCUGGAUGAUGUCAUCGAGCCACUAAACCAACCAGCCUGGUAGCCAUCCACUUACGGACUGUUUUAUGAGAGAUUAACCUUAUUUUUAAGCUAAUUGAUUUAGGAUGCUGUUACUAAUAAUUGAAGACAUUCUUGUCUAAUAUAGAAUUAUACUUUUGUAGGAGAUAGGUAAUUCAAGAAGUGGACUGUAGGUAAGUCAUUUUAAGGUAUUAAUACAGAGAUUUAUCUUAUUUUGUGUAAAUUUUGACGUAAAUAGUUUGAACAUUAGAAAUCAACUUGAAACAAAUGUGUAUGCUUUCUUUAACUAUCAUAUCAUUGACAUGCAAAAUUAAUCUUUGGAACCUGAAACAAUGUCCUGCAGGUAUACCUCCUUUUUUUGAAUACUUGGAAUAAAUUUUAUUUGAGGUAAUUCAAUUUAUAUUAUUCAUGGAUCAUUACCACAAUGUUAGUUAACAAUAUAUGGUGUGAAGUAAGGGUCUAAGUUUGUUUACUUUCGAAUGAUUAGUCUGAUGCCCUGUAUUGUUUGAAUUAUUUACCCCUUUACCACUGAACUGAAAUGCCGUAUUUUUCAUUUAUAAAAAUCAUACAUUGCUCCCAUUUCAGUUGCUCAGCACUUUUUCUCCAUAUUCAUCUAGAUGUUGUGAGCAUGGUACAUAACAGGAAUUAAAAGUCUGGUAAGUUGUAUACUUUUGUGUAGAAACUAUAUAUUCAUAGUAUAUUUGUUGAAAUGAUAGCCACAAAGGUUUUCCACACUGGUUUCUCAUUAUAGCUUAAUAAUACAAUAUGUAUUUUAAGUAAAA